AUGCCGAUUUGGGCUUCCCAGAUCAAUCCUGUUGAGGAACAAAACGAAGAACCCGGACGGUGUGGUGGUGAAGUGGUUGUGAACAAACACUUCAAUGGCACCAUCAUCGCGAAUUGUCUACAACUACACGAUGGUGAUCAGUUCACCGAAGGGUCGGCUAUCUGCAACAGGUCUCAGUACAGAACUUCCUGUGCUUGCACCACAAAAAAUCACUGCAACAGUCCAACUUCUCCAAUUGCCGACUUCAGAUUUGUUGACGAACCGAUUCUCGAGGGAUAUCAGCUGACACCAUUAAUCUCCAUGGGUGGAGAGUCAUUAGGAGGUCAGUAUCAAUUUUUCGAAUGGUUAAGAUACUUUGCUAGAAGACGAACUGCCAUCUGGAAAUCGACGGAUGUUCGACAUUUGCUCUCCCCAUUCAAAAAUGACUCUUCAGUGAAUAGUUGCACCACUGGCGACGAUUCUUGA